AUGCAAAAGAAUGAUCACGCGAAUAAAACAAAAGAUGAAGAAUAUAGUGAAUACUACGAUGAAGAAGAGUCGUACUAUUCAGAUGAAAUAAAUGAAAAACCAAUAAAAAAAUCAACUCAAACGUUAACACAAAAUAAAUAUGCAGUUCUCUCGGAUUCUCUUAAAAGUGAUGACAGUGAGUCAACAUUUAAAAGUACAGUUCAAUCAAAAAUUAGUAACAAAUUAUUGAGCACAAAUACAUCUAAAGGACGGUUAUCAAAUCAGCAAAUUUAUGCAGUUACAGAACCAAAAAUUUCAUCUCGUAACUUUAAUAAGUCACCAAGAUCACCAAUUAGCAGAAAUAAUACUUUUUCCAGUGAUGAAGACUUUGAUUUCGAUCAAUACGAAGAAUUUGUUAGUGGCAUAGCAGAAAAGAAUCAAUUACCUCCGGAUGAUUAUAUAGAAUCCGUUGAAGAAUAUAUUAAUCAAUGUAUUCCUAAAGCAAUUGAACAUCGCAACUAUAAAGCUGCAAAAAGAUAUCAGCAGGCAUCACAGAACUUACAAAUCAUCACAAAAUCACAAGCAGCUGAUGUUCAAUACGGAACUAAAGAUAAACUGAUGUUUGCACAGAACAAAAUCAGAGAAAUCAACGAAAAAUACGAUAAAUUGAUCAGAUAUAAACUGGCAGAGUUCAAUGUCUUGAAAAAUCAGUUAAAUGAAAAAAUUUCUCAAGAAGAUCAAGAAUUUGAGGAAAAAUGGAACUCACCACAGCAAAUUAAUCCAUUUGCGAAGCCAUCACGUCAGUUACUCAAUCUCAGAAUUGUAGAAAAUAAAUAUGCAGAAGCUGGAAUGUUUGAUGAAGCAGAUGCAAUGAGAAUUAGAGCAGAUAAGCUUGAAGCACAAGAAACAAAAGAAGCCAGACAACAGUUGUUUAGAGAAAUGCAAAAAGCUUUCGAAUCUCUCAAAGCAAAUCAAAAUAAGCAAAUUGAAGGCCUCAACGAUUACAGAGAUCGCGAAAUACAUAAUCUAGAGAUCAAAAGACAAAAAGAAUUAAAUGGAGUUGAAAAAUUUGCAAAACGACCGGAUGUGGCUAAUCCUACACCAAAAGUUAGAGAUGCGAAACUUUAUAAACCUCGCCAAAAGCGCUAUGAUAUUGAAUUAAAAAGUUAUACGCUAAAUUUAGGCAAAUUUAACUUAAAACAAGUAAUACAUCCAGAAACUAAUCGUUCUCCACGCAGCGCUCGAAGAUCUCCUGCAAUAUGA